AUGACUGAUAGUACUACCUCCCAUGAUCAACCUGCACAGGAUUCUAAAUCUUCUACAACACCACCAAACUCUUCCACGUUGCCUGAGGUACAGGGGACACCUGUUGUUCACAAGAGAGCGGGAAUGACACCUCAUGCAGCUGAGGACGCAAAGCGAGCACAGAAUUUCGAAUCGUUUCGCCGCGACAUUAGUGGAAAGAUCAUUGGUCCAAUGCCUGUCAAAGAUUUCCUGAAGAACUUUCUUCCUAGUGAUUCCAAUCCUGUAGCGGUUCCUGACGCUUCUCACCUCGACAAAGUCAACAAGGCAAAAACGGAGUCGGAAAUGUACAACCCUUUCAUUGAUGCCUUUGAAAGCUAUGUUACAUCAGGCCCAAGGUUUGUAAAUAGCCACAAGUCUACCUUAGCGAGCUGGGACAAGAGCCCCAUCUCCCCCGAUAUAAUUCUCAUCGAUGAUUCGACGGACACCACGUGGAUUCCAGAUCCAAAGUCACCUACCAAGUUCUCCAACCCCUCCAUUGAAAGCAUCGGCAUAAUGCUUGAGUUCAAAACUAAAGGUGCUACCACAGAUCCAUUCACAGAUGACCCACAAGCGGACUCAUUCGAAAUCGGCGCUAAGGAUGGAAAAUCAGCCAAAGAAAGCUCCCCCAGAGGACAGCUCCUCGGACAAAUCUGCUCAUACGCAACUGCACAUAUGGCGAACCAAUUUCGAACACAUGUGUUCUCCGUCUUGGUCUUCUGUGACUACGCGCGUAUCUUGUACUGGGACAGAGCGGGUGUUGUUGUCACUGAACAAAUUUCGCUCAAUCCUAGCGGAGCGCAGCCCUUGGCCGAAUUUUUCGCACGUUAUGCCCGUGCGACGCCUACAGAGAGGGGCGUAGAUCCAAACGUGGAACCGAUUUCAGGAUCCUUGAUAGAUGAGCGAGUGAAAGCGCGGCUCGUCAAAAAUUCCCAGGGUCCGUUUUAUAAGAUCAGGAUGUGCGCGACGCAGUCGCAAUCGAAGUCAUACAUUGUCGCAGUACCACGGUUUAUGGGGACCGCCUCGCCGACAGGAAGGUCAACUCGCACAUUCAAAGCGUACGACAUGCAGACUAAGACCUUUGUCUUUAUGAAGGAUUCAUGGAGAGUCAUUGGCGGCUCUUUGAAACCUGAGCACGAACGUUACAGUGCAUUGCUUGCCGCGGGAGUACCCCACAUUCCGACAGUUAUCGAUUACCACGAUAUAGAGGACCAACAAACACGAACUUCGCUGCAGCUCCAUAAUACCAAACGUAGUGGUUUGCCGGACAAAUUUCGAACAUUUCGUCAUUACAGGCUAGUACUUAAAGAGUUCGCGAAACCCAUUGAAGACUUUAAGGACGUUAAGGAACUAUUGGUCGCGUUUUCCGAUGCCAUCGAAGCUCAUUCUGUGGCCCACGAUAUCGCUCAUAUACUUCAUCGAGAUAUCAGUGCCGGCAAUAUUAUGAUUGAUCAGAAUGGACGCGGUCUUUUGGUUGAUUGGGAUUUAUCUAAGUCGACCAUUGGCCCACAUCCGGAUGAUGAUGCUGUUCAGCAGCCGGAGCGUACAGGAACUUGGCAAUUCAUUUCUUACAGGUUAGGAGGGAAGCGAAAUCCAGGAGACCCCGUUCCGAUUCAUUCAAAGGAUGAUGACCUUGAAUCGUUCUUUUAUGUGCUGCAUUGGUUAGCCCUCAGGUAUUGUGAACAUACGUAUCACGUUGAAGAGGUCAAGACUACUCUGAAGACCAAUUAUGAUGCAGCGACCACAUUACCCGACAAACAGGUCGUUCCUGAAUGUAGAUUGGGCUUACUUCGUGAUCCCUACAUUAUUAAGUCCGCUACGUUUGCCUCACCUGCUCUAGUGGCUUUCCUCACGACAUUGCAUAAAUUUGUGCGCCUUCGAUAUGUUCUCAGCGAAGAACACAAAAACUUGUUGACAUCCUGGAGAAAUGCGGCAUUAGAGAAACAUAAAGGGUCUUUGACCGAGACAGAGCUCACUGUGGAGGUGACAACUCAAAUGAUCAUCCACGAUAUUGCGAAUCCGACCUCUCCUGUCGCUCUUGCUCACACUGAGUUAUCUUACUUUGCUCGGUCUUUGGAACCCAACUGGGCAUCCAGCAUCUUCGCACAACUUUUCGGAUCUGAUGGCGAGAAAUGUGAUUGGAAAACUGGGAGUUCUCGCGUAUUUCGUGGAGAAUUAUCAACGAGCACCAGACUAUCCCUGAACAAACGUAAGUCGGAGAUAUCUGACUACGACGAUGACGAGGGUAAACCGGUCAACAAGAAAGUGCGCAAAGAUGGGACUCUGCCCAGCGUCCAUGAAGAGUAUUAA